AGCAGCGAUGAUGUGCAUUUUUGGGGGAAAUUGAGAUUUCACAUUUCCCGCCGAAAACACUUCACGCAUUGACCACUUGAAGCGCUGAGAGGCAUGUUUACAUUUUACUGUGCGUGAUUGUCAAACACACGUGUUUUUACCUAGAAAACAGACCGAAAUUCAGUGAAAAUUGGUGAAAAUUCUCUGGCAUUAUGCCUCCAAUAGAUCCUUGCACCAAAUGCCAACAGAGUGUGAUUGAUAGUGAGUGGCUCAAGUGUGAAAGAUGUGAAAGAAGCAUCCACAAACAGUGCUUAGAAUUCGGAACUCCAGGCGACUUUCAUGGAGAUGUUUUCUUCGAUAUGAUCUGCUCUCAGUGCAAUUUUCCGCAAAACAAAGACAUUUUCACGCGAAGGAAGCUGCCUUGGAUCAUGGUGUUGGUGCUGGUGAUACACAAUUUGACGAUAACGUCUCCCGGAUUAGGGAAUUACGGCUACUAUCACUACAAGAUUCACAUCUCCAACUUUGUGGCCAAGAACUGGGUGUACUUCUUCCCACCGGAUUUCAAACGGAAGAAGAAUUGGGUGGGAAGUGUGGCUGGAACUCUGUCGCAUUUCAAUCGACUGUUCUUUCAGUCCGGAACUGACGAGUUGGGCAGCAAUGGAUGGUGGAAGCUAACCAGGAGUGAGACUCCCUUGUCAUAUUUCUAUCACUAUGAGGAAUAUCAGAAACAGAAACAGUCUUUCAUGAAGAAAGCCGCAUUUUCUCAGUCAUUGCCACCACCGGAGGUUAGCAGGACGGUUAAAAUGGAGGUUGAAGAGGAGGUUGAGGAGGAGAUGGAAGAGGUGGAAGACGAAAAAUUCCCCAUGAGAAACAUUAAGACUGAAGAACUUAUCAUAGAAGACUUUAUUGAUCCUCUUUCAGAGGCAUUCUCAACUGAAGAAAUGCCUGACAUUUCAUCUUUGGAAAACCUGGAAGAAGAUUUCUUCUUCACUUGGGAGGAAAUAUCAGAGCAGAAUGAUACAGAGGAGACUGCAACACCUGCUACAGAUUACAAGUAUCCCUUCUAUCCCUCCAAGGUGCCAAAGAGUCUCUUCACAGCUUCAAAGAAGCCAAAUUCACCCAUCAUGAAGGAGGAAGAAAACUUCUCAGAAUUCGAGGAAACUUCCGAUAUGAUGAGUGAAUAUGAAGAAGGUGAAAUGCUGAAACAACUCAGGGACAUCAUUAAGAGGAAAGCACCUGAAGACGUGCCAGAAGACAUCAGAAGAUUCUACAGGAAGCUUUCAGUGAGGCAAGAGAAGAGGAAAUUCUUCAAACCAUUGCACAAUAUCGACACUUUUCCGGAAAGUGAGGAGUCAAAGAAGCCGAGAGUGAUUCUGGAUCGUUUUCAUCAAUUAACCUGCACUGGAAGAUUGUCAGGCAUGGAAGAUGUGAAAUUUUCCACUCGUCUCGUUGGCAAUGUGCAGCACGAACUCUUAAAGUCGCCAUACACAGGCAGACUUCUGCAGCCGUUCAUCUACAGGGAUUCCGUGUCACUGCCUCAAUGGGUGCGCGUGAUGAGUGAGCUGCAAUUCACUGUGAAUGAUGGUAAAAUUCCAUCACGAGCGCCCAUUGAUUACUGCUACGUUCGCCCUCAUCACAUUCCAGCUGUGAAUUCGCUGCUACAGAGGCUCUUCUGGCCCACAAUUGACAUGGCCGAGUGCCUCAUGUAUCCGGAUUUCAGCGUGAUUGCGCUGUACAAACAACUGAUCGUCGGCUGCGCUUUCCUCGUGCCGGAUGUCGGUCAUAAUGAGGCCUACAUCAGCUUCAUGGCCGUUCGUUCUGGCUGGCAGAAAGCAGGAAUUGGCUCCUUUAUGCUCUAUCAUCUCACCCAGACGUGUCCCGAGAAGGACAUCACACUACACGUUUCCGCGACGAACAGCGCUGUGUUUCUGUACCAGAAGUUUGGCUUCAAAAUCGAGGAGAUGAUUCUCGACUUCUACGACAAGUACCUUCCGUGGGAGUCCACAGAGAGUCGUCAUGCCUUCUUUCUCCGCCUCCGUCGCUGAAGACAGACGCUGAAGAGACCUUCAAUGGAAGGAUCUUGCUGAGACAGAGAGAGAGUGGGCGGGAGAGCGAGAGCGCCGGCGGAAAAUAGCGUGGAGGACAUUGCAAGUGGGUGGAGGCCAGCGUAGAAGAUGGGGAAGGACUAC